AUGGGGAAAACACGAUCAACGAAAGCAGCUCGGAGGAGAUAUAAGGCAGACCCGAACCCGAUACUUUGGGAAGAACUCAAGGAGACUGAGAAACAGGAAGAGAAAGCGAUGAUAUAUACAAAGCGAGAAAAAUGGAGAGAAGUUCUGGCUCGUACCGGAACGGACGAGAAACAGCUAUGGGCCCUUGAGAAGUGGGCAAGACUAAGAAGCUGGAGCGCAUAUGAGCUGCCGAAGCUUCCUGGGAUCAAGGAUAGGAGGGGGAUCCAGCACAAAACGCACCGAGGAAAAGCAAAGGCCCUAAGCGAAAAGUUCUUCCCCGAGUCGGCGCGAGGAGACGACCCGAUCCCGGGCCUGAAAUUACUCACAUACGUCACGGAAGGAGAUAUUAAGGAAGCCCUGAAGGGCAUAGCCCCGUGGAAGGCCCCUGGACCAGACGAGAUACCCACAGGAUUCCUGAAAACAAGCAUGUGGGAAACCGCUUCGUGA